AAGGGGGGGCCAGCAGCCGCAGAGGCGUAGACGGCGGCGGCGGCGGCGACGUCGCUCAGUCUUCGGGGUGGGCUCGGCGGCUCAGGCCGGGUGGUGCGGAGGGCACGGCGGGCUACAGCUGCCCCGGGGAGGCCACAGCGCCAUGGGCGGGCGGUAGCAGAGCUCCCGAGGCCGAGGCGAGGGACGGCAGCGCUCAGUCCGGCUCGGCGACCGCCGGCGGGGCCCGGGGGAGGGUAGGCCCGGGGCGGGGGUCUUCCGGGGCUGCGUGGGGCCUUGGGGCGGGGUCGUAGGAGUCCCAGGCCGCCGCGAGGCGCUGCUGCCGGCCGCCGCCGGGUUCCUCCUCUGGGCCGCUCGAGGACGACGCUCCCGCGGAGGCCUCGCCUGAGGAGGCCGCGGCGGCGGCGAGGCCGCGGGAGGCCGCGGGGGAUGGAGGAGCGGAAGGAGGAGGGCGAGGCGGAGAUCCAGGAGCACGGGCCAGAGCACUGGUUCUCCAAGUGGGAGCGGCAGUGCCUGGCCGAGGCCGAGCAGGACGAGCAGCUGCCCCCCGAGCUGCAGGAGGAGGCAGCGGCCGCCGCGCAGCCCGAGCACAAGCAGCAGAAGCUGUGGCACCUCUUCCAGAACUCGGCCACCGCCGUGGCUCAGCUCUACAAAGACCGAGUGUGUCAGCAGCCAGGACUUUCUCUCUGGGUUCCCUUCCAGAACGCAGCCACCGCUGUCACCAACCUCUACAAAGAAAGCGUGGAUACCCAUCAGCGAAGUUUUGAUAUUGGAAUUCAGAUUGGCUAUCAGCGACGCAAUAAGGAUGUGUUGGCUUGGGUUAAAAAACGCAGAAGAACUAUUCGCAGAGAAGAUUUGAUCAGCUUCCUGUGUGGAAAGGUUCCUCCACCUCGAAACUCUAGAGCUCCCCCAAGACUGACUGUAGUGUCCCCUAACCGAGCUACUUCAGCGGAAACUAGCUCCUCUGUAGAGACUGAUUUGCAACCCUUCCGGGAAGCCAUAGCUCUGCAUGGUCUUAGUGGUGCAAUGGCUAGUAUAAGCGUGCGUUCGAGUACCCCAGGCUCUCCUACACAUGUAAGCAGUGGAUCGAAUGCUAGUCGAAGGAGAAAUGGACUCCAUGAUGUCGAUUUGAACACUUUCAUAUCAGAAGAAAUGGCACUCCACUUGGACAAUGGUGGAACUAGAAAGCGUACCUCAGCCCAGUGUGGCGAUGUCAUUACAGACUCACCAACCCAUAAACGCAACAGAAUGAUCUAAACUGCAAACAUUUUCACACCCACCAUGCUGCUUGAAAGCCACUUGAUCCUCAACAUAUACUAUUAUUGCAAAGGAAACAUGAGGCCAUCUUCCCCUGUUCACUGUUUAAGACAAGUGAAUUCUAUAGUGGUUGCCAUAAAAGGAAAUUCUAGGAAUUUACAGUAGACGCCUCUUGUAACUAUGGCUUCCUCAAAACUAUAACCCUAGCAGAGGACAUCAGAUACCGUGUAGUCAUUAGCGAGAUCAUCAUAGGCAAACAUACAUCCGUUCCAAGGCUAAAAGUGACCUUAACUGUAUUUAUUCUCAAAGGGAAAGGAAAUAAUCAGAUUUUUAUUUGGUUAUAGAAUGUUUUUUUUUCCUGGUCCAUUUCCUGCUGUGUUGAGUAAUUUGCUUCAACAGUAUUGCCAGGUUCCUAAAAUUGUCUAAAAACAUGAUUUGGCUCCCUUGUCAAAUCUGCAGGCUUCCAAAUUUGGCAGCUGCACUCUACCAUGCACCUGGUUUCUAUUUAGUAACAGUGUGCAACUUCUAAUUAUCAGAUUGUGCCCUGUUUUUAGUUUCCAAAGCAGUUUCUAAUUCUGGUGAUUGUGUGAUGUAAAGAGGUGCUAUGAUGGUCAUGCAAUUAAUACUUAAUAUUGAAACAAUACACAGAACUUUAUUGGAUUCACUUUGUGUGUGUUUGUGCUCUAAAGAUAGCAAUAUUAUUAAACUGCCCCCAAGUUAAUCCUGUAGGCUUCAAAUACUCAAUUUUAAGAUAAGUACUACUUUCUGAGGUACUUUCCUUAUGGUAAAUGUAAACGUGUAGACUGUAUUCAAGGUGACCGGAAGGAGGUCCUAACCUGUGAGAAUGGGCUUCCUGAAUUUCGAUUCAGUAUUAGGGAGGUGAUGGUGGGUAGAUAUUCUAGUCCUUCAUAUCCUGUGUUAACAUUUUUCAUGGUUGCCCUACUUCAUGCAGUUUUCCUUAUAGUGGGUGGAAGAUGAUAAAGCUCUGUUUUAUCAACUAAUAAUGUGAUCACAAAUAGCAAAACCGAAUUAUUCUGUCCCUCCAUUCCCUCUCCUAAGAAGUGGUUUGGAAUCUCAUUCUAAAAAGGAUGGAAUCGCAUGGAGGUUCUCUAGAUGUUAGGUAGACCUAAAUAAAAGUUCUCAAUAGAGUCCUCUGAGUAAAAUAUAAGACCUCUGUAGCUACAACUUUUUAGAGCAUGUUUCAUCCUCAUUUUUAAUAUCUUGAACUGAAUGAUAGUCUUAGAUGAAGAACUGAUGUCAGCCUGCCAGGUACUGUAAUUUAUUCUAUCCUAUUAUAUAUCAAGUAGGACAGUGAAAAAUGUUUCCUUGCAAACUUGUAGUCCAGUAUCAGUUACUUUCUAUUUUUAUCCUUAAAUGACCAUUGCAAAUCAGUGUAAGGGUUUUUCCAGUAAUUACAGCACUUUGUUAAAGUUUGCAAUUUCUUCAGCUAUUUGAUAAUAUGUUUCUGUGAAGAAACUUUGCUGAGUUAACCAUUAUUAACUGGGUGGGAUGUGAUGGAAUGUUAGAAAUGUGUGAAUUGAAGUUCUGUAUUCUUUAUAGAUAUAGCCCUUAUUUAAAACAGUGAAAUCCAUAUUCAAACUAGGAAUGAAAGUGAGGUAUUUCUAAAUUCUUGCAGAAGUGGAUUUUUGUUUGUUUGUUUGUUUGAAUAGCAGGAAGAAUUAUAGCAAUCUGUCAUUUUACCUGAAAUGGGCAAGCCUAUGUAUUAUGAAUAUUUUCCAGCUUCCCUUUGGAAUAUACCAAGAAAUGCACUUGGAGUUAAUCUUUGCUUUUCUAUCAUUGUAAAUUUAGAUUCUGGAAUUGGGUUUGGUGGUGUGAAGCAUUGCUCACGAGAGGCCAGAACUCGGAUUUUGAGAUGGAGGAACACAUUUAAUCUCCCCUUUAUGCUUUGGUUCUAGUUCCUCUUUCCAAGUUGAAUAACAAUAUUUUUGGUUGUUUUGUUUUAGUUGGUGCUCUGAAGCUUAAUCUUAAUACCCUUUAAUCUCAGUUGUCAAAUUUUGAUAACACAUGUGCCAUUUUCUUUGGUAAGAGAAAGCAGGUCUUAAUGUCUGCCAGAAUACAAUUUAUAUGCCUUAUUGGCUCCAUUAAACUUUUUAAAAACUUUA